CAAUUCGAACUGUUCGCAACUGCUAAUCGAGGUAGUACUGAUUUUUGUUGCUGUGUGUAGAAACGUGGUUCCUUCUUUUGUGAUCUGGGAGGAGGAUUCAGGAAGACAAAAAAUGGAACACAAUUUAGAAACUUGCCCUGUGAAGAAACAGAUGGAAGAAUUGGAACAGAAUUGUAAUGAGCUCCAGGCCAAUCUGCAGUUGUCUGCAGUAUAUGGCAAAAGUUUGCUUGAUGAAAUCAAUGUCCUUAAACACCAGAUCAAAAACAUGCAGACUCUUCAAGAGGAAUCCAUUCAAGAAAAUCACAAUCUUCGAAUGCAGCUUGAAGUUUCACAAAAAUUGCACAUCUCGCAGAACUCAGAGAUGGAAUCUUUGAAGGAAUCACUUCAAAAAACAGAAAAAUUGAAUGAGCAGCUUAAAACUUUAGACGAAGAACAGCACAGAAAAGAAUCAUCUCUUAUGUCUCAGAUUGCCAAUUUCAAAGAUCAAGCAGAGGCCAACAAAGAACAGUAUGAAUUAAAAAUUAAAGAACUUGAUGCUGAGAUCAAAUAUAUUAGGUCUGCUGAGCGUGAACCUGUGACAGUGAGCUGCAAUCACGAUGAGGAAAUUUCUCAAUUACAAAUGGAUCUAGAAAUAACCAAUGAGAGCAAGAAAAAACUGGAAGAAGACCUAUUAUCCAAACACAAUGAAAUACAUAAAUUUCAUUUGAGGGAAAACCAACAUAUUAACAAGAUUUCAGAACUUGAGUACGAAAUUUUAGCAAAAGAAAAGGCGUUGGCGUCGUCUGAAAAGCUUUUAGAGGAGAAGCGUAUUGAAAUUUUAGAGUUACAAGCUUUGCUCGAAGCUGAGCGCGUGUCGCAAACCAACCCAGAGAAACGAGGCAACUCAAUUUUUAGCGAAGUCGAAGAUCGUCGACAACAGGUCGAGCGACAUUUAGCCAAAUUAACAACUCUUUUAGACAAAGAAAAGAAGAAAAAUUUGGAUUUACAGGCAGAAAUAGUUAAAGUUAAGAAUCAAGUGGCAUUUUUAGCAUGUGGAGGGAACAAUUCUGAAUCUAGCAGAAGUGUAGAUCAGCUGGAAAAUCUGUUACGUUCUACAAAUUCACAGAACAAGGAUUUGUUGCAGAAAAUUGAGGCUUUGGAAAAGAAAGCCCAGGCUGCUUGCUAUCCAGUUCCCCAAUUAGAAGACACCAAGAAGUGGAUGCAAGCAAUGCUUUCCCAGAAACAAGAAGAAAAUGAUAAGCUACGCGCUGAAAUUCGAGACCAUAUCCGUGCAAAUCUAUGCCAAAACGAUCAAACAAUGCAACUUACGAAACAGUUCCAUGAAGCGGAAAAGAAUUUUCAGCGAGCACGAGGGGAAGUUUUCCGUCUUAAACUCAAGAUUGAAGAAAUGGCGGCCAACGACAAAGCAACGUGCGCUUCUUCGCCCGUCUACUCUGUUCCUCCGACUCGUGUCGUCGAAGACGUGAAAUUCGUCCUGGAAAACCAAGGAAGUAUCAAACAACCGGAAAAGCCGCUGAGAGAGAGGGUAGUUCUCCAAAAUCAUUUUGAUUCGAAUACAUUCAAUACGUCGGCUGCCGUUGAAGAAGCAUCGAUAGCUGAAGAACAAAAGCAUUCACUAAUUUUGGACAUUCCCACGAAACCCCCAAGUGAUGAAGCAGCUGAAACAGUACAUUAUGUAGAGACAUCGCAAUGUACUCUUAAGCGCCAAGUGCGCAUGAAUAAUCAAGUCUGUGUCAAAUACGAAGAUGGCGAUAUAACUUCGGAAAAUCUGGCUGAAGAUAAAUUUACCGCCGGCAACAGGAUCAGCAAACCGGUCAGACAGCAAGUUGAAGUAGUUGACGUACCGACAGCAACGCCCGUCAUGGAAUGUAAUCAGCAAUAAUAACCCCCCAUCCGAUCAGUUCUUAUUUCUAAGUGGUCAUGUUUUGUAUUAAAAGGUAUUUCAAAUUGCAACCAAUGAUUAUAGUAGAAAUUUGUGCUUAAAA